AAAAAUAUUGCUGAGCUUGAGGAGGCCAAUUCAAACCUAAAGGAAUCCCUGGAACGUUUGGAACUGGAGAACGAGGGUAUGCGAGCUCGGAUUCUGCAAGAUCGUCUUUCGAGGCUGUAUGAGAAAAGAUCGGCCAACGCUGACACAACUAAUUGUGGUAAUGUUACAAUGGCCGUCCAGGAGGCCCUCAAGGAUCACCCAGAUCCGAUCGCCGAAAUUAAACGUUUAAAGAAGGAGCUCACGGCGGAGAAAUGGCGUGGUGAAAAGACAAUGCAGAUGUUUGCUUCUGUGAGCAGCGAGUUUCGCGAGGCAUGUGGCCUUCUAUUUGGCUACAAUCUGGUCAUGAGGCAGUCGGGCGUCUACAAGGUGCAACUGCGCUGCAACCUGCAUUCAGGCGAAUUUUUGAAGUUCACCCGCCACGGAGACUGUGUUCGGCUGACAGAAUAUCCCCCGUCGUUGUGCCACGAUGAGGAGGUACACCAACUGCUUACAUCCGACCUCUCUGCUCCUCAGCUAUUAGCGCGCCUGUUUCUCACAACGGCGGAAAAACCUGAACUAUCCACGAUGCUCAUGUGA